AUGUCCUGGUCUAAUGAUGAACAAUUGUACAUGGAGCUGUGGAGAGCUUGUGCAGGGCCACUUGUGGAAGUUCCUCGCUCUGGUGAAAGAGUUUUCUACUUCCCUCAAGGUCACAUGGAACAAUUGGUGGCUUCGACUAAUCAAGGAGUCGUUGAUCAAGAAAUACCAGUUUUUAAUCUUCCUCCAAAGAUACUUUGUCGAGUUCUUAGUGUCAUGCUAAAAGCAGAGCAUGAGACAGACGAGGUAUACGCUCAGAUCACAUUACAGCCAGAGGAAGAUCAAAGUGAACCAACAAGCCUUGAUCCGCCACUAGUCGAACCUGCUAAACAAACUGUAGAUUCGUUUGUCAAGAUUCUAACAGCUUCAGAUACAAGCACUCAUGGUGGAUUCUCUGUUCUUCGCAAACACGCCACUGAGUGCUUGCCUUCACUUGAUUUGACACAACCUACACCGACUCAAGAACUGGUGGCUAGAGAUCUUCACGGCUACGAGUGGAGGGGCCAAACCGGGGAUUUAAGAGUUGGCGUGAGACGUUUAGCGAGGCAACAAAGCACAAUGCCUGCAUCCGUGAUGUCGAGUCAGAGUAUGCAUUUGGGAGUUCUUGCUACGGCUUCUCAUGCUGUUAACACCAAAACUUUGUUUGUUGUCUUCUAUAAGCCGAGAUUUACCGGUACGGUUAUUGGUACUGGAGAUCUAUCUCUUCAAUGGCCAGCUUCGAAAUGGAGGUCACUGCAGAUUCAAUGGGACGAGCCAUCUUCAGUUCAGAGACCAAACAAGGUCUCAGCGUGGGAGAUGGAGCCUUUCUCACCGUCCACGCUAAGCCCAACGCCUACUCAACCACAGUCCAAGUCCAAACGGUCCAGACCCAUUAAUUCAUCAAUUUCAGAAAUCACUGGGAGCCCUGUCGCUUCUAAUUUCUUGAGCCACGAGUCCGAUCCAUCACCAAAACUGUUGUUUCAGGAUCCAUCAACCGAAAGAAACUCGAACAAACCAGUAAUUUCAAGUGAAUUGCAAUGCAAGAAAACCGAGACUCCUGUCACAAGUUGCUGUAGAUUAUUCGGAUUCGAUCUCAUGAGCAAGCCUGCUUCUGCUCCAAUUCCUCCUGACAAGCAGCUUGUAAGUGUGGAUCCAAGCAACUUUGGUUCUACCAAGUGUCAAGAUCCUAACUCGUCUAACUCACAAAAUGACCAGAAGCAACAAACAUCAACAAGAAGCCGAACCAAGGUGCAAAUGCAAGGAACAGCGGUUGGGCGCGCGGUGGAUUUAACAUUGUUGAAAUCAUACGAAGAACUAAUCAGUGAGUUAGAGAAAAUGUUUGAGAUUGAAGGGGAGCUUAAUCCUAAAGACAAAUGGGAUAUUGUGUUUACAGACGAUGAAGGGGAUAUGAUGCUUGUAGGAGACGAUCCAUGGGAUGAGUUUUGUAAAAUGGCGAAGAAGUUAUUCAUAUAUUCGAGUGAUGAGGUCAAGAAAACGAGCUCAAAGUCACAGUUGGAUGAUGAAGGUACGAUCGUAAAUCUUGAAUCGGACCAGAGGACAGUUCACGUUCAACUACGAAGUUCUUGAUUUCUCUUCUUCUUUGGUUGGAUUAUCUCACGUCAUGAAGUUAGGUGGCUUGUUUUUUUUUUAUAAAAAAAAAAAUUGAAGUUAGGUGUUUGCAACUAUUUAGUGUUCACAUGAAAGCAACAGUAAAAACUACAAACUCUCCUGUGCAAGACAAUAACUAGAGGAGCAUAGUUUCUUAUUCCUCCUUUGUGACAGUGAGACUCCAUGCAUGAUGACUCAUGACUCAUAAGAAAUUUUGGAGUUUACAAAGUUACAAUGUUGCCUUACACAACUUAUUACAACAGAAAGCAGAAGAAUAAAAACGCCAACAUUGUAGUUUGCAACAGAAGUCAGU